AUGGUAUCUUUUGGGUCAGCACUGACUGCAUUAGGUCAUGAAGCUGAGGAGGAAUCAUUGGAAGAAGACAAUUUCAUCGAGAAUGAUGAUGAUGAGACCAAACUGCCGCCGUAUGCCGACUGUUGGAUGUCUCUCAACGCGGGAGAUUUGUUUCAAGUUGUGGAGGAAAUAGACGAACGCUAUUCAAAAUCACGAAUCAAGAUUCAAGAGAUGGUGCAUACUAAGAACUUUGAUGAUACAAUGUUGCAAUACGAGUUUGGCGAGGUACCAUUUGUACGUGUACUAAUCGUGGUGUUCAAUCAGGCGUUUUUAGGCACCGGUGGUGCUGCCAUCAGGGAACUGUAUCACACGCAUUUCCACUUUCCUACGAUCCCAUCAGGGAUCAACCUCGGAGGGUUCUGCAUGCAGAGGAUGCCUGAGUCUGUCCUAUUCUUCCACCGCAUGAAGCUCCGAAACAACACUUAUUUUCGCGUCGAUAGUCUGACGAAUGACUUGGGAAGGCUGGUAAUGUACAGCAACCUGUCUCUGAAUGACCUUCACCUGAAGGGCGCUUACGAACGUGCACUUACGGACAGAGACCCGUCCACACUCAUCUAUGCACCAACGUAUGGAGAAGUGGAGAUUCUUUUGAAAAACGUAAAAUACGAUCUUGAAGGAAGAUACCGAUUGGUUAAAGGCCGCCUUAUGCUAGAAUUGAUAUCCUCUGAGCUUAGAAUGGACGACGUUUUGAUGACGUACAUGAACCAAGCGAUAAAAAAUCAAGCUGUGCGGAUUUCAAAAGGGAACAUAGGUGUGUGGAACGUCAACUAUCUAACUGACUUCAAAAAACUUUUAAAAUACUAUUUUCUAAUUCCAGAAACGUUUAUAAGCAGACUAAAACUUGAUUUAGACAAGUGGAUAAAAGACUACUUCAACGAUUUCCUCAUCUAUGCUGAAUUAGAAGGACUAACUUGCGUGUGUUUAAGGAAAUAUGAUAAGGAGAAAGCCGCUGCCUUGGAGAAGUACACAGAUGAAGCUCUGAUGAAGAUCAGGGAGCGAAUACGUGAGCUACAUGCAGAUGCCAUUCGGGUUCCCGAGUUUACUAUCUUUUCAAAAUAUUUUCAGCAAAUUAAAUUGUACGACGGUGUGCUUCGAGGUCUGGACAGCAUAUACAGGCGAUCUGUGGCCACUGGCAUCAAGAAAGGGGCGAUUCGAAAAGUUGACACUAUAGUCGGCUUCAGUAAACUUAAGGUGGUGUACAAAUACGAAGCUGUCAUCCCGACUGGAGUGCCUCCCCUAACUGGCGUGAUGACGCUCUCAGCCAACGAGCUCACGGCACAUCUUUCCCUAUCUCUGGUCAAUAACCCUGAAUCAAUCGAUUUGGACAUCAACUUCCUCGAACAAAUGAAGCCAGAGUCCCUAACAGUGGAAGGAGCAGCAAACAUAAUGAUUUCAAAUUUCAAACAUUUGCUGGAGCAUCAAAUUGUUGCCAUAAUGGGGAACACCUUGAUUCAUGGAGUAUCAAUGCUCAGGUCGCUACCAAGAUGCGGUAAGGAUAUCUUACAUGCAACCUCUUAUACAUACAUACUUUGACUUGGCAAGCCAUAAUUAUAUAUUAGUCACAAAUCAGUAACUGCCCAUCUGGUUUCCACCAAUCCCCAAAGGUAUGAAUGAAUGCAUAAUAUGUUUCUCUGCAUCAGGCGUGCAUUACAGGGAACCAUAUUCGGUGCUAUGGAUGUGAUCCCAAUAAAAAGCGGAAAGGCCGACGGUAUUACGUAGGCCUCCGAAGGAUUGCAAUGCAUUGCCAUACACCGAUAUAACAGCGCAGAUGACGUAGCAUGGCGGUUCAGGUUUAGUCAGUCAGACACUGACACUACCCGACCUACCCGUUCCCGCCCUCUUGGAUUCACCCGCCUUACAAAAAAGGCGUGCUUUGCAAAAUUUUUCAAAUACUGUAUUUGUAAUGAAUGAGGCUCCAUAUUGUAUAAGCUCCAUAUCUACUACCAUGCGUUUGUUAUUUAUGCUUACAAAUUCUUUCUGCUCAUAUACUUACUCUUAUUUUUCAGAACCUUUCUUAGAUGGUAUUCUACCAAAAGUUAAAACUACUACGAAAAAGCCAAUUAGCGUCCAGGAAUACGGUACGACAAGCGAAGAAGACGAAUUAAUAUCUUCGGAGAUAACGCCGACAUCGGAAAGUGCAGAGAAUCCUUCUAAUUCCGAUGGAAUAUCAAACAAACUAACCAUACUUGACAAAAAAAUAAUUGCAAAAAAGAAACUUGAC